AUGGAGAGGUCCUUACAGGACAGGGAAAUCGUUAGUUUGCUACUCGAAGAGGUGGACGAAGAUCCCGAAGAUGAUAUUGUAUUCGACUCCAGCGACGAAGAGUCUGAUGAGGUUACAGAAGAAACUUAUGAAACCGACUCGAUCGAUUCGGAGGAAGACCUCUUCAAAAUAGUUGAUGAUGAGAACUCUUCAGAUUCUGAAAUAGACGUGCCACUGUCAGAGUUAACUUCGCGGCCCUCAGGAAGAACUUACAAAGGUAAAGACGGAACUUUGUGGUACAAACUUCCAGCUAGAUCAAACGUUCGAACACGUAGUGAAAAUAUAGUAUCUGGAACACCGGGUGUCAAAAUAUUAGCGAGAGAUGCAAAAACUCCUUUAGAGUGUUUCAAUCUUUUUGUGGGCGAGUCUAUGUUGCUGGAUAUACUAAUUCAUACAAAUGUGAGAAUCCGAAGAACGAGACUUGGUCUGAACACUUCAAAUGACUACGCUUAUGCAGAAGUUGGUAUGGAUGAGCUGAAGGCUGUCAUUGGUCUAAUUUACCUUGCGGGAUUAUAUAAAUCUGCAAGGCAGAAUUUACAAGACUUGUGGUGUAAUGAUGGAACUGGUAUUCCUAUUUUUGCUAUGACAAUGAGCUUGAGAAGAUUCAUUUUUAUUGUCAAUCAUUUGCGAUUUGAUGAUGUUGAUACACGUCAAGAAAGACUGUCACAGGACAGACUAGCCCCGUUCAGGAAACUGUUCGAAGAAUUCGUUAGCAGAUGCCAACAACACUACACGCCCUUUGAAAAUUUGACUCUAGAUGAAGAGCUUGUAGCUUUCCGUGGUCGCUGCAAAUUUCGCCAAUAUUUGCCAAAUAAACCAGGUAAAUAUGGAAUAAAGAUAUUUGCGCUCGUAGAUGCCAAAACAUUCUACUCUCUGAAUUUGGAGAUUUAUUUAGGCGAGCAACCAGAGGGACCUUAUAAGGUCAGCAAUAAGCCUCACGAUGUAGUCGAUCGCCUCGUCGCGCCAGUUUCUCAGUCAGGGAGAAAUAUCACGAUGGACAACUGGUUUACGAGCUAUCCAACAUAUGAACACUUGCUAAAUCAUCAUAAGCUAACCGCUGUCGGUACAAUGAAAUCAAAUAAAACUUGCAUACCUGAAAAAUUCAAAACAAAUUCAACAAUGUAUUCAUCACAGUUCGGAUUUCAAAAAGAUAUGACUUUAGUAUCAUACGUCCCAAAACCUAGAAAAAAAGUGUUCCUGCUGUCAUCUCUCCAUCAUGAUGUGGAAAUCGACCUGCAAUCAGGCGAGAAGCAAAAACCAGCAGUUAUUACAUUCUAUAACAAAACGAAAAGUGGUGUUCACAACGUUGACAAGCUUAUUAGAUCUUAUGAUGUAUCAAGAAACUCCAGAAGAUGGCCGCUCACUCUGUUUUUCUGGUUGCUGAACUCUGCAGGUAUAAAUGCAAAAAUUAUUCAAAUGCUGAACUUCCCUGAUAUCAAAAACAAUCGCCGAAAUUUUAUCAAAGAUCUGGGUAUCGCAUUGAUAGAAUCUCAUCUAAAAACAAGACAGAAAAAUACUCGCCUUUCCACAGAUCUCCGCAAACGAAUUGCUGACCGUAUUGGUCUCGACGAAGGUCCACCGGUGAAAAAAACAGCUCCAGGUGUAAGGCGUAGAUGUUACGUUUGUACAUCAAAGAAAGACCGUAAAACUCAAUACUUCUGUGAGACGUGCAAAAGCCACGUGUGCCUAGAUCAUGCAAUAUUCCAGUGCGGAAAUUGCUUCAAAGGCAAUGUUCCUGAAAAUGAUGAAGACUAA